GCCGAACCAAUCACCCUAAGGGGACACUUAAAGAGAGAAACAAAUCCUUCUUCUAAAAUAUUCUUCAAUCUUCUUCUCGAAGCUUCUCCAAAAAUGGCGAUUACUUCUUCUAGAACCACCAGAUCAAACGGAUCUGCUUCGCUCCGAUCCAAAUCACCGUCCGGUCGAUUCUGUGGCGUUUACUCAAACCGUAUGCCGUCAUCAUCUCCGUCGUCGUCAGGUUUCGCUUCUUCCACAAGCUCAAGUUUCUCCUCACCGUCUACAGCGUUUUUCAGCAGCCACAAUCAGAACAACCACCACCAACACAGAUCUGCUUCUCCGACGCGUGUGAAUCUAUUCACAUCAGCUCCGAUGACGCAAUCGUUUCGUUACUCAAUCGAUAACAGAUCUAUAUCACCGAAUCGAUCCAUCGCUGUUUCUUCCAACAAACCUAGCAAUCAUCACAAGAUUCCGGAUUCGAGGAGAAGAUGUAUGUGCUCUCCGACAACGCAUCCUGGUUCAUUCCGGUGUAGUCUACACAAGAACGUCGCGAAUCCACAUGGUCAAGGUACAGCUUCGUAUACAACGAAUGGAUUGAAUAUGCGUCGAUCUGCGAUGACGAAUUCUCUUGUGAGAAUUGGUGGUGUUGAAGGUGAAUGGGUGCGAAGAGCUUUGACUACUUUGAUUAGACCAUCUUCACAUCAACUAAAGAGAAGAUCUGCUUAUGAGCCUCGUCGUAGUAGACUCGCAUCUAUGUCGAAAGCAGAAGAUCUUUGAAUCUCUCUUCAGGUUUGUUCUUGUUUUUGAUAUACUCAGAUCUGCCAUGAACGAGUUGAAUCAAGGAGCAGAAUCGGAGCUGAGUCAUACCGGACCGAGUCAAAUUCGGAGCUGAGUUAUACCGGACCGAGUUAUGUAAAACGGUGACUAAGACGACACCGUUUUUGUUUUGUUGGGUGGGAGAUGAGAUGAUGAUGAUGCAUUGUACAUACACAUAUUGCUUAUUGAAGCAGAACAAAAAAAUUUCGCAAGUCGAAAGUAUCUAGAAAUCUAAAAAUGGAAAAUAGUAGUGACGAAUUGGGUAAUUAAAAUCUGGAAAAGGACUUAGUAGUAAAUAUUGUUUGGAUUCAACUUUGCAAAUCUCUCCAUCUCCAUUGUUCGUUGCCUUCACCGUUAGUUUGUUCCGUCAAGUCAACGUUCUCUAUUCUCCGUCGUUGACCCGUUCUGUUUGCCGUUAACCGUCGUCGUGUGUUAUGUGUGUUCCGUUAUUAUUUCUCCAGGUUUCGUACAAUGAGGAGAAGAUGAUUACUUAACCGUUACGUUCAACUUUGGAAUAUUUUGGGUUUGUGGACUUUGGAAGAAAAAUGAAUUUGGACUAUGAGAAAAAUCAAAUAUAUGACCUAAAACACGGAGAAUUUGAUAAAGGACGAUCGAAUAUGAGUGAUUUUGAUUCGUGGAACGAUUAAGGUUUUGGUUUUGGAGCUGGAGAAUGUGAAAGAUUCGAAGGAAUCAGAUUUUUCUCUGGAAUUUGUGAAUCACAGAUUUAGAUUCCUGAAACGGUUGAGGUUAAAGUGAAAAGAUUCAAUGAAAUCAUAUUUUUACCAUAAAUAUCUCAAGAAGGAUAUGGUAAAUGAUGAAAUUCGUGAGGGUAAGUUUGGAAAGUAAAAGAUUCUUGAACGGUAUAUAUGAGAAAAGGACAGCUGGCCGAUGAAUUGAGAACAGCCCAACACGAUUACGUUGGGGAUUCCAACGUCUUCCUUAUCUCGAGGGAUUAAAGUUGGAUUAUACUAUUGUAUGCAUAGGUCGAUUUUAUAGAUCCCUUGAUUAAUUGGUUAAUUAAAUAUAAACUAUACUCCUUAGGUUUGCUUUAGUUGACUGAUUAUAUCGUAAUCUCUAAGUACUAGGUUCUGUGUAACCUUUUCUUCACGGUAGAUGAUGGAUGCACUUUUUGUUAAUUUGGUUUUGAUUGUGUUGGAUUAUUCUGUACUUUCUUUACUCGUUUAGUUUACUUGACUAUUUUUAUAUAUCUGUAACUCUUUCUAUAUGUUUUCUCAUUGUUUUUGGAAGUUGAAUAUGAUUUACUCUAUUUUCUUCUAAACAUCAUAAAAUGAUACGAAAUUUAUAAUGUUUUAGGCAAAAAACGAUCACGAUUUUCUUAGAGUUCCUCUAGGACCACCAGAGGUAUAGGCCAAUUAUGCUGGCUAUUAUUUAUUUGGUUGAUGUCAACACUACGAAUUUUGGGUGCUUGGUUAUUUUCAGAUCUAGUUUUAUCUGAUUUAAAACUGAUCAUUUUGUUUAUAUUAACAAGGUCAAUACUUUUGGAAAUUAAAAAAUCGCAUCGAUUUUGGUUUCGGGUUCUACAAAAUUGGGGCUUGGUUGAGUAUUUUUUUUCUUAGAUAUGGUUGACAUAUAUUUUUGUCAUUAGUGCAGAAAUAUGCGGUCACAUUUUAGUUGCCAAAAAAUAUAGAUUUGGUAGCUCAAUUACCCAGUUCACAAAUUUCAAUUCAUUAUUUGUUUGAUCAUUCUUCGCAAAUAUUAGUUGGGCCAGCUCUCAUUAUACGCAAUCUCAAUAUACAUAUAAACAAAGCCAUCAACAUUAUUUUAAUCAAUUCAGGAUUAUAAUUGAUGUAAUCAUUUUUGUUUUCACGUAUGAUGUAAUCAUUAUCGACAUUAGAGUUGUUUGCAAGAUAAGAUAUUUGUAAUGGUCCAG